ACUGUAAUUUUUUAUUUUGGUUUGGGUUUUUUUAUUUGUAGUGUUGUAGAAAAUGCAUUAAAAAUCAAUUAAAAAAUAAAAAUAAACAAACUAAUUCAAAGGAAGGUGUGGGAUUUUGAAAAUCUGGUCUAACUUUGUGUUUAACUGUGGUGCUCUUUCAUGUGGUAGUGUGAUGAUUUGUGCAGUUUACCUAUACAAACUGUAUAUAAACCCAUAAUGAAUUAUUUAAAGGAACAAGAAUGCUUAUACACAUGAUUACUCAAACAUUAAAUACACAACACGCCUCCCUGCUUAGCUGCAAACUCCAACUCAAUAGAGAACUGACUAGGCUUAUGCUCACUGGAAUUUAGAAGAUUGAGGGUGGAUCUUAUUGAAACAUAUAAAAUUCUAAAGGGAUUGGACAGGCUAGAUGCAGGAAGAUUGUUUCUGAUGUUGGGGAAGUCCAGAACGAGGGGUCACAGUUUAAGGAUAAAGGGGAAGCCUUUUAGGACCGAGAUGAGGAAAAACUUCUUCACACAGAGAGUGGUGAAUCUGUGGAAUUCUCUGCCACAGGAAACAGUUGAGGCCGGUUCAUUGGCUAUAUUUAAGAGGAAGUUGGAUAUGGCCCUUGUGGCUAAAGGGAUCAGGGAGUAUGGAGAGAAAGCAGGUACAGGGUUCUGAGUUGGAUGAUCAGCCAUGAUCAUACUGAAUGGUGGUGCAGGCUCGAAGGGCCGAAUGGCCUACUCCUGCACCUAUUUUCUAUGUUUCUAGAAUGCAUCUCAACUAUAUAAUACAACUACUAUACAGAGUCAAUAGUAAAUUUUAAAUUGUCCCAUUCAGGCCGAAAAAUUUAAUCACUGGAGGAUUUCCUACUCUUGUAGGAUAACGUCUUUCCUGACAAGGGAGAUUACUCUUCUUGGCAGGUGAGACUUGUGGCUGUGAAACAAUCUCAGGUUCUAGGGCCUCCUCCAUGAUGGUUGUAGGAGUUGACUCUGGGACUGCAAGAAGUGGUUCUGAUAGUAGUAGCCAACUUUUUUCUCUAUCAGUUGACUCUGCUUUCCUCAGCUGAUUGAUAUGUCAUCUCCCGAUGAUAUUAGAUGCAUUCUCCACUGUGUUGUAGAGUAGUUUAGCUCUGUCCUUGAUCUUCUGGAGUACUCACUUUUGAUCACCUCUGUAGUCAGUCCAGAAAUGUGACAUUGAAUCUGCUUGUUUGAGGAGCUUUCAGUUUGUCUCAGCUGUUCGUACUGCGUCCUCCUUUUCAGAUUGGUUUUGAAGAGAUCCAAGCAUUGCCGGGGAUGACCCUGGGACAGCAUGGCAGCCUUUUUUGCAUCUGGACAGUCUGCACGUGCUGGUUCUGUUUCUCACUUGCUGCGCUGAUUUUUUGAAAAUUGGACUGUUUCACUGCACUUCAGUGGGUCGGUAGCUGACUCAGGAGAUUGAAUUGUAACCAUGGCAGCUCUGCUAAAUGACGGCCAUCGGCGAUUUCUACAGACGAUGAUGUCUCAGGGAAUCCUGGAAGGCUCCAUGACACGGAAGUUGCACAGGCAUUGCUGUGAAUUGCACAAAGUGCAUUACAGACAUGACCAGUUGGAUGAUUUUAUCAAAACUAUCAACACUCAUUUGCAGCCUCUUUUCAUGGAGAUCAGGAAAGGGAAAAGUGAGGAUGAUGGACAGCAGUAUUAUGCUUUGAUUAACCUCGCUGAGACGGAGAUCACUAGGAUGGCCUUUGAUUACACAGAGACUGAACUAGAAUUGUUCAAGAAAACGAUGGAUCUUGUUCUGGAGUCAGAGAGUGGCAUUGUCUCUUCUACAGAUAUUCUGAACUUGGCUGAUCAACUGCAGCCCAAGAAAAUGAAGAAGAAAGAAGUGGAGCAGGUGCUGCAGAGAUUUGUGCAGGACAAGUGGCUUAGUGAGAAUGAUGGCGAGUACAUUCUCAGCACUCGUUGCAUUAUGGAGCUAGAACAGUACAUUCGCAAAAUGUACCAGGACCUAGUGAAAGAGUGCAAUAUCUGCCACAACAUCUCUAUCCAGGGUCAAACGUGCGAAAUGUGUGGAGCUAAGAUCCAUCUCCCUUGUGCUGCAAAGUAUUUCCAAGGUCGGGAUGACCCUUGCUGUCCAAACUGCAGGCAGUACUGGCCUCACGAGAUCCCAGAUGUCCACAGGACUGAGUCAUCGACGCCCCCUCCCUCCUCUGCACCCAAAAUGCGACAUUAAUAUCAGGAAUGAAGCAUCAAUCCAAUGUGGCAGAUACAGAAUGGAGGGAGGAGAGGGAAGAGUUUGUUCUGAGCCGAGGGAUUCUCAUGCUUUAUAGUGUUUGCUUCCACUGAGUUGGUCUCAAGGAGCUUACAUGUUGAUACUCAGACCGUUUAUGUUAACUGUAUGGCGGAUAUUAUAGUCCAGUCCAAUCUUGACAGGUUGCUCUAUGCUCUAAUGACCUGAGUCCUCAGCCAGGAGUUGGACAUUCUAGUGUUCUGCAUUUUAACUUAUCUUGAAGAGGACAAGUGUUGGGAAAUAAUUUGAAACCUUGUUCGCAUCAUCAGAAGACUCAAAAUGAGAAGAAUAUUAAGCAGUUAAUUAAAAAAAAGUCUAACUUUCCUCUCCUUGUUAAUAUUCCUUUAAUCUCGAUCUUUCUCCUACCUUGAGGGGUUUGGUGUAAAAUUCAAGGACAAACCUAAUGUCAUGUUAUCACCUUAACUAAUACUUACCUAGUGACUGCUCAGUAAAUAAUAUCCAACAAUAUAAAAAUUCAAGUCUGAUUUUUGUUAAUCAGUAACUUUUAAUAGAGAAAUAAAUUUUUAAAAUAAAAGUUCUUAUGUGAGCCGGAGAAACAAGAUUGUUAACAGAAUUAGUCAUAGACCUGUAUAGCAUGAUAAUGUCCAGUAUCCAUGCUGAUCAAAGUACCUUCUUGAGCUUGAGCUAGUCCCAUUUGCCUGUAUUUGGCCCACAUUCCUUGAAAACUUUCCUAUGGUUAUGGAAAAUCAAAUCUGUAGCUUGGUAAAGCCUUGAUAUCCUUCCUAAAAAUGUGGUGUGCAGACUUGUAUGUAGUACUCCAGCUAAGGUCUGAACAAUACUUCUAACAGUUUACUGUGACUUAAUACUUCCUAUACUCCUUAGCACUAUUUUCAAAGCCAAGCAUUCUACCUGCUCCUCAUUUCUGCCAGAGUGAAUCACAUCUUAUUUCUCUGGUCUCUGCCCAUUUCACUAAUCAAUGUCAUUCUAAAGUCUGUUACUAUCCCUUCUUUUACUACAAUUGAGUGAUUUGGUACAUCAGUGAGACCUGACGCAGAUCGAAAGAGCGCUUUGUCGAGCACCUUAGCUCUGCUUGCUACAAAAAGCAGGAUCUCCCAGUGGCUAUCGAUUUUCAAUGCAAUUUUCCAUUCCCAUUCUGUCAUGUCUGUUCAUGACCUCCUGUACUACCAAUGAUGAGACCAAAUGCAUGUUGGAGAAGCAACAUCUCAUUAUGUCUGGGUAGCCUCCAACCUGAUGGCAUGAACAUUGAUUUCUCCUUUUUGGGAAAUUUUUCUCUCUCCUUUUAUCACUACCCAUUCUGGUUAACCUUUCACUUCUUCUUAUCACUUGUCAAUCACCUCCCUCUGGUUAUGCCCCACCUCAUUGCCUUCCUUCCAUGGUCCACUAUUCUCUCCUAUUAGAUUCCUCCUCCUUUAGUCCUUUACCUCUUCCACCUAUCCCAUCCCAGCUCCUUGCAUCACCUACCUUUCCCCUCACCUGGCCUUAUCUAUUCCCUCCCCACACCUUAUUCUGGCUUUCUGCCCCCUUUGCAGUCUUGAUGAAGGGUACUGGCCUGAACCAUUGACUGUUCAUUUCCCUCUGGUCAUGUUGCUUGACCUGCCAUGUUCCUGCCGCAUUUUUGAAGAGCACUUUGCUCACUGAUCUGUGUUAAAUUUUACUGUACCUUGUACAGUGAAUUUUAACUCUUGUAUGUUAUGUCUCCCCUCUUGCUGUGAAACGGGGACACCUAUUUCCCUUAUUAGGGAGAGAGAGAGCCUGUGGUAUGCAAAUUAUCAGGUGAACGAGUAGUCUUUGGGGUAUUGCAAGUCUGUGUCUUUAUUGAUGUUUUGCUGCAGUGGGGGGUGUUGAUGCAUUUUUGCUGAUGGAGAGGGGGAGCUGGGAAGUGCUUUGGGUUCUAACGUUUAACUGUCAUUCAUUCUUUGGGGCUCUGUUUUUGUGAAUAUUUGCGAAGAAAAAAUUUCAGGAUGUAUAUUUUAUACAUUUCUCUGACAUUAAAUGUACCUAUUGAAAUG